GCUACCCGAGAGCCUGUCUCACCCUAACCCCGGUUCCCUCUCAGCUUCUCACAUAUGAUACAGGAACCUUCCAGAAAUGCACAAAACCGGCUCCUCUCGGAUCAUGGUCCUCCCGUUCCUAUGUUUGCACAGAGACUCGCUCAACUCGGGUCCCCCCUCAGGAAAACUCACCCACGCAGAUGUUGACGAGAAGACUACUGCUGCCCUGGAGACUACUGGGCAUUCCGGUUGCCCUGGUAGCCGAUGCUCGCCACCCACCUCCGGGCCUGGGUUCUAGAAGCUUCAGGCAAGCAAAUCCUUCAUCUGCCCUAGACCUCUUUUGUCCCUUCCCCUUUCUGCCCUUCUUCAACUCGGGCCAGAGUCCCUUUGCAGAGGUCCGUAGACGCCCAUGUCUCCCCAAACAAACUUAAAAACAGGUCUCUUAGCACCUACAGGUGCUCAUCAACAGCAAAACCAUUCCCUCAGUCAGGACCAAUACUCCUCUCUCUAACCCAGUUAAAGAUCUGACCGAAGGACUUGCAACCACCAAGCCUAAGCCCAGAGACCCUGCAGACUCAACCUAACGAAGCCUGUACCUCAUUCUACCGCUAGAUGGAAGCAAAUGAGACCACAGAAGGUCCUCAGACCACAGAAGGUCCUCAGGCCACAGAAGGUCCUCAGACCACAGAAGGUCCUCAGACCACCACGACUGAAAACGAACAACCUUCUUUGAAGGACUCCUCUGCUGAAAACUUGCAGGAGGCCACUGUCCCUGAAACUCACAGCUUACAGACAGCUGUCCAGCCUCCUACCUCUGAAGUCCUUUUUGAAACAUCUAUUUUCCAGAACACUGAGAUGGAGAGCUCUGAGGAGCCCUGGGAGGCUCCUGUUCAGCACUUCCCUACAGAAGAGCUUCCUUCCGUGCCAUCCCAGGGUUUAAAGAUCCCAGACUCCAGAACCCUUUUAAGGUCUUCUUCCCAGUCUAUGAUCUCUCUGGUAAAAGCCAUCAAUGAGAUCCCUUUGGGAUCAGAUGAGACUCUUUCCUCUGAAGUAAAAACAAAAUUUCAUCUCUCGCCAUCAACCAGUAUCCUGGAAUAUUUCCGUAAGCUUUCUUCUGAUAAAGUCUCACAGACCCAGGUCCCCGAAUCUGAGUACUUUCCAAAGCAGUCCAUUUCAGGACCUUCAACCCAGACGGAGGAGGACACGUCUACCAGGAAAGAGGAAGCAAGUAAAGAUGAGCCGGAAGCGGGUACUAGUAACAUCACUGUCCUUCCAGCCAAGAAGAAGGAGAAAAAAAUUGGUUUUACAGGCCAGCAGGUGGUCCCUGCUAAGGAGGUAGAGGUGAUACAAGCGGCAAAAGCAAUGCACAGAGAGCAGAUUGGUGCUCAGGCAAACCAUCUUUUCGAGUGGGAGAAGGACUCAUCCCUGAAGUCCAUUCAGACAGGUCUCUACAUUGGCUGGCGCUGCCCCCAUUACUUAUGGGACUGUUUUCGUAUUGGAGAUGAGUCCAAGUGCUUUUGUGGACAUUUGUUGAAAGAACACCAGAUCAUCUCAGACCUGUCGGUGCCCUGCAAUGUGAGCCAGUGCAGGUGCCUCAUGUUUUGUUUCAUCCCAUCACGCCCAGAGGAAGUGGGUGAGUUCUGGCUUAAGAGGAGGGCCACCUUUGACCCCAAGGCCUGGAGAGCCCAAUGUCGCUGUAAACAUACUCACGAAGAACAUGCAGCCACCGGAGCGCAUCCCUGCAGGCACCGUGGCUGUUCUUGCAACUGUUUUGAGUCCAAUUUCCUCUGUGCGGCCUGUGACCGGCGCUGGGAGGAACACGAGACUUUCUUUGAGACUGAGGAGACCAGGCGAAGAGGAAGGAGACCUUGCGGGACAGCCAAUGUUAACAACUGGAACAAGUCUUUCUGAGUCUGGCCAAGAUCAACAAUAAAGUGGAAGCCAGUAGAAUCUGACCUGGCUCUGUGUGGGGCAGGUAGUGUCAAGACUCAGUUUACAGUCAGCUCAAACUACAGGCAAGAGAUAGCACCCAGCAGAAUGAAGGCCAGCUCCAGUCAUCUUCCUCUAUCAUGGCACAGUGGGAGACUCCCGGCCCUGACACUGGGAGACUAGCUUCAAGAAAGCCAAAGGGAGAGUUUGAAGAAUAGAGUAGUGGUGGUUUCUGAUGUAGCUGGGGCUCCACGGGCAAAGACGUUGGAGGUCUCUGGAGACUUUGGGCAAUAUGGUUUCACACCGCCAUGGUGAAGGCAAACAGCAAAUAUCCAUUCAUUUGAAGGUAAGAAGUAGAGGAAAGAAAUCAACAAUACGAAGGUGGGCUGUAGAUCAAGGAAGCAGCUUCUUAAGAAGGAAGGGGGGAGGGGAAGAGGCCCAUAUACAUAAAGAUCUUGAAGGAUGCAGAAGAGGGGAGACAUGCUUGGUGGAAAUGAGAAGAUGAGGUCAAGGCAGAGGUGGAGUUUCCUCUGAUGACAAGAAACUUCAUUUCAAAGAAGGAAGUAUGAGCUUCGGGGAAUAGGAGCUCCUAGAAGUUCCCCUCUGGUGACAUCUUUAUUCCCUGGGAUGCAAGAAAGGUAGUGCCAAACAGGAGAAGGGAGCACUGGGCAAGGCUAACGGGGUCAGAGAAAGUCCUGACAAGUGCAGUUCAGGCCUCAGUAUGGUUGGAGAGGAUCUGGUUAGAGAAGAGAGGAAAAGUAUUUAGACUAAUGGCUGAUGAUGUCAGGAAAGUGAGGAAAAGAAGGCAAAAGAAAUGGGUCUGAAGAAAUGGAGUAAAUGUCACAUGAUGCCAGGAAACAACUGCUAAAUGGUGGCAGCCAUAAAAGGAGUAGGAGAUCUCCAGUGAUGUCCAGGGGCAGGUGGGUUGGCAUGGGCUGCAGCACAGGGACUGCAGAACAUGCAGAUUUCAUCGAACAGCUGCAGGUGGUGGCAGGUGUUUGGAAUAAGGAAUCCAAGUCAGGGUCAGCUUUGAGUCUGGGUCAAAAUUGUGAAUGUCAGAGAGAAAUCUCUAGGUGAUUUUAUGGCCACAGAACAGUCUAACCCUGGUAGGAGUUCUGAUGCGAGGUUCCCUCUUUAGGCCUCGGUUGCUGGAUCUAUGAAACAGAAAUAACCUGUCUUGUGUGCUCUCUCUGAAAACCCAAAGAAACACCCAGCUCCAAAACUUAGCACUCACUAGAUUUCCACCCUCCCCUCACACCAACUCCACUUAUCUCUCGCCCUUCUCUGGGGCAGCUUUCAAGUCUCACAUCUCGGGCUCAGAGGCAAGGUGAUCCCACAUUUCCUCAUAUUUAGAAAGGUCAUCUAUCUUUGUGAAGGAAGGGAUGCAGCCUAGAUUGCUAAGACUCUGGGGGAAAAUUAUGAUCACAUAUCACCCCCUGAAGAAGAAAGGGCUUUAUAAUAAAGUGGCUAUGUAAAAGAAAUUGUGCUAAUUCCAGAAGCUUCUGAACACUGGUGGUAUGUGCUGUGACAAUUAUAUAAAAAUCAUUCGAUUAAUAG